CGCAGGCACAGUCGGAUCCCAGAGUCCGGAUCAGGCCGGCCCAGAGUCAAAUCCUGAUUAUACAGAUGGGAGUCCCUUUUUUGGUCUUGGUGGAGCAUCGAUAAGAAAUCUGGCGCAGCCCUGCGAAUGGGUCUUACCGUCAACAGCAGAAGAACUGAAUCCAUGAUUAUCAAGAGCGGGUAGUAAAUAGUGGUGGAUGAUAGAAUGAUGAUGUGAAUUGUUAACGGAACUCGCUCGAACAGGAUGCGUUUCUGGGAGCUAGCACAUAUUCCAGAGAUCCCGUCUGUACUCAUUUCAGCUGCGAAUGCUCAUCAUAUAUCGGUCCAGGGAACAUCAUUCUGGAACAUGUCACGUGUAGAUCACGUGCACUCCUCUCAGUGAGGAGUCGAGUUACCCCAGACCACCUGCUGCACCGAUCAGCAACCGCGUCUGUUCGAAAGCCGCACGGGGGCCUCGGACGCCGCGCUUCAAAUUGUGAGAUCCUCCAUUGGACGCUAUGUUCAGCUUCUUCCAUCGUCAUCAAGCCUCGAAUCUUCUAAACUACGAUCUGUUGAUUCCCUGCCGCCAUAUCAAUCUUCAUCGCGGAGCCGGCUUGGAGCGCAUCAUGUGUGAGCAAUAGAUCUUCAGGUCCCUGAGACGUCGCGCGGUGGACUUCGUGCUCUUCCCCCCGACUCCGUCGCUAGCAAUGUUUUCGCGCUCUGCCAAGGCUCCCUCCUCCCCGAAGGAGAAGGCUGCCAUGUCCGUCCCCGCGCCUCCGCCCCGCACGUCGACCUUCGCCAACGCAUCCCUACUCUCCCUUCUGUCCACGCGCUCGUCCCUGCUCGGCUCGGCACACUCCAUCGCGGCCUUGCUCUCCUCGCGCCGGGCCAAGCCCCCGUCCCUGUAUACGGCCACGAGCGCCUCGACCCAGUGGGGCCCGGGUGCCUUGAGCGGGAAAGCGGUCCAUGCGAUGGGCAAGGCGGUUUUGCGAGGCGCCGAGCGGCUGGUGAUCAAGCGGCGCAUGGCGGUAAUACGCGCGCAUUUACCGUGGUCUGCGGCGGAUCAUGAUGACGACAACGAGGACGGGUGGUUCUGGGAGGGUAUAUUCGAUGAUCUGCUGGAGCUGACCCGCCCCGAACUCUACGCGGAUAGCAUCCGGAUCCCAGCCAUGGCGAUGGUACUAGUCCAGGUCGCGACGUCGCAGACGGAAUACCUCGUUCAAUGUCUCUCCCAAUGGCUGCUGGACGAUGUCAUUCUGUUCAUGACGGAGCUCAUCUCUGUUGCGCUAUAUUGUAAAUGCGAUUUCUUGAACCCGAAUCUGACAUCCGCAUACCUUUCUGCGCUACCGAAUGGACAGAAUUCACUCAUGCCCUGCAUCACCUUCCUCACAGAACUCGUGCUUCAGAACGACACUCUCUACGAGGCCGCACUGCUCUCCGGCUUUCUCGAGUUGAUCCUCCUCUCCACCGCUUAUCAGCAGAAACGCCCGACUCUGCGUCAAGAUGCGACCCGCGCGUUUACGGCCAUGUCAGCACCGCCGCCAGGGCUGGAAGAGGUGUGGGAGGCUGCGCUCGUGCAAUACUACCCCGAAGCCCCCUUUCCCCCACCGUCGCUCCGCCAACUUACUGUACACAUCAACCGACACGCGCCCGGGACCUGGCGGACUGUCGAGGCCCGGUUUCUCGAGCGGGAGACCGAUGCUCUGCUGGAUCGUAUGGUGUCGAUGACAUUCCCGCUCGACGCUGGCCGGUCGGUGGAUGAUGCUAUCUUUCCGCAGCUCAAAGAUUUCACUCUGUCACCGUUCGCCGGGACGAACAACAUGGAGGACAUGCUGCACUGGGGACAAAGCUCGUCGGAAGCCCUGUGGCACCUCAUCCGAUGCGUCGCCCUCGGGGGCAGCGUUCUGGCAAGAAUCAUGGACAAGAUCAUCAAGUGGACCUAUCGGAGCAAGGUCUCCGUGCUAAGUCGGGUACUCUAUCUGCUACUGCCCGACACCGUGGAAUCCCGGUCGCUGAAGAUGCGGCAUCUCCAGUCGCAUUUGGGUCCCGACUCGUGUCUCAGGGACGUCGUCACCGAGCAGCUCCUCCUGCCUUUGGCCGCAGCCCAUCCGAGUCUCAAAAAGGCGCUCUACGAUGCCGGAAUCACGCUCGUGUUUCCCAUGCUCCAGGAGCACGGGGAUGCUACGGCGCUUUUCGAGGAAGUCUAUCGCCGCGCUCAUUGGUCGCAGGCUGAGCCGUUGUCGAAACGCGCGCUGAAGUUGAUCGCGGUCAUGCGCAGGGGCGAGCUCGAUGUUGCGACUGGCGAAGACAGUAAGAAUAGGGCAAUAUCAGCCUUGAUGCAGUCGAUUCUGGGCAGACUAUCUGGCUGA